GUGCGCGCCGGGGUUGGCCAACGAAUCAGAGAUCUUCAGAGCACUAUGCAACGAAUCACCGUUUCAGAAGUUUCUCCCUCAUAGACAAGCAUACGUCAUUUCCGUUGCUAGCAGUUCCCUCUUGAGCCACCAUGUGUCGUACUUGCGCUUCCCUUGCCUAGGCGACUAGCAUGCUCGGUCACUUCAUCGUUUGCCUCCGGUGUGAAAGGUUCUGUUGCUGCGUCUGGAUAUUUGUAUCAGCUCUGAUGGACAUAACUGCACUGGAAAAACAUGAAGAUUAUCACAUAGAUAUUUUUAUCAGCUGUGACGGACAUCACUGCCCUGGAAAACCAUGGAGAUUAUCAUGUGGUAAGCAUAUCUACGUUGUAAUGUUGGCGUUUUUGAAGUUUCAAUAUUUCCCCAAAUUUCUGACUGAUAUCAGCUGUGACGGACAUCACUGCCCUGGAAGACCAUGGAAAUUAUCACGUGAAUUCUAG